AGUAUGAAUAAACAUUUAAAUUACAAGUAAUAAAUUAAAAUGAAUACAGCAUUUACAUAUUUUAAACCUUUGACUACUGGAACCAUCAAUAUAAACAAAUUUGCAUAACAGCAUUACAGCAUCGGUUGUUUACACGUAUCCUUGUCUAGUCAGCACCUUUCAAGCCUUAGUAUUCCGAACAAAACAUCGCUAAACAAACAAAUAAGAAAUUACAACACGGUGCAAUCGUGAUAUCUUUGGUAUCUUUUAAUCUUUAGAUGAUGCAUGUAUUUUCUCCUCCCGCCAGUGGGACAGAUAAUCAUGAAUCUGAAAGAAAACGCGAAAACGCAUUCAGCGUGCGACCCCUUCCGCCAUACAGAAAAGUGGAAAUUAAAUAAUAAUAAUGGAUAAAAAAUAAAGGGAAUUCGACUGUAUGAGUGCAGCUUACAAAUUUAUUCACCUUUCCUCGUCAGGUGAAAACCUUUCAAACAAAGAAAGGAGAAAAGCAUAUACUACUGUUCAUGUGUCAUGGCGAGUCAAACAUCAUCACUUCGCCAUCUUGCAAUGUUUUUUUCCACACCCACAUCCUCCCACGCUGCGUAAAGUGUCCAGUUUUUGUGCAGUACACCACAGACUUGUAUGAUCUUAAAUAACAUGGUCGUAUGGUGUGGUGUACACCGUCUUCGUGCUCGCCGACGAGUGCUGAAGGCCUCGGUCGUCUGCUACAGCGCGUCGCCCUCUUGCCGUCUGCUUCGCCGACACGUACACCGUGCGGCCCCUUGCGUCACACCAAAACGCUGGAGCAGAUGUAGUCAGGCGCCGUAUCAGCAGCCCAACCGUCGUGGCUGCAGCGAAACUUAAUGUGCUGCCAAGCUGCCGACUCGCCAACCACGGUGGGAGAGUUUUUUUUAUUAUUACUAUUUUUUUCUGAAGUUUUCGAUGCGGGGGCCGUUGUGAAGCGGGAAAACCAGGUCAUGCAAGUUGCCCUCAGACAAAAGCCUGUGUUCGGUGGUUCGAAAACCAGCGGUGUGUGUUUACUGACAGAAGAUCAUGCGUAUUUGUGAUUCGCCACGGAUAGGGAGUACCAAGAGAGAGCAGGCUUCGUACCUUUGCCUGAAAUCUUUGCGACUGGUGCACAGGAUGUGUCUGCUUCGUCGCUGCUGGUGGGUCAGCGCUGAGAUUGUGUAGUGUGUCGGUGCGGAUACACCCACAGCCUAGUCGUCUGCUGCCCGUGACAGGAUGUUGCUGUGUGUGGAGAGCCUUCGUCUUAGUCGUCUACUACAGAACAAGGUCGCUGGCAAAGUGCAACAGCAACGACCGUUGAAGCCUUGUAUACAGUGAAUUCCCAUCCGGGCACCCACACUUCGUUUACCUCGCGGGACAUCAAAAGCUGUUGCACGCGGCUUGAUUAAUAUUUUUAAAAAAGAUUAAUUAAGUACAAGCUGCAGUCAGGCGUCGACCACAGAAGAGUGCUUCGACCGUGCACUGGGGAUGUCAGAAAAACGAUUCCACACACACGUGCACAGAUAAGAUAUUGAUCCUCGCGCUUUGUCCGCUAUCCCAGCGCCAUGCCUCAAGCCGCGCAAGAGUUGCCUGCCACUGGCAAGAGCCUACAGCUGUUUCACCACCAGGUGGCGGGCCAGUCACUGGUUUUCCAGUAUGAUGAACGCACCAUCUGCAAAACUCUCAUCCCGAGGGAGGAUCUUUUCUACCGCAAUGUUCCAGAAAUACUGAAGCCGUUUAUCCCCACCUAUCGAGGCGUGAGGGAGGUAGUGCUAGAGAAGACAGAGGGUGGUCUGCUGUCCCAGGCGCACGCGGACUCGCACGUGGAGGCAGUGCAGCGACAUCUGGAUAAAGUGUCAAAGAGCGACGCCGACAACGGAGCAUAUCAUUUCAUCUUGCUGGAGAACAUUGUCGCUGGCUUCCGGAAUCCAUGCGUCCUUGACCUGAAGCUGGGCACGCGACAGCACGGCGACGACGCGCCAUCUGAGAAGGUCACCUAUCAGGUCAACAAGUGUCUCAACACGACUUCGGCAAAGCUCGGUGUACGCCUGUGUGGCAUGAAGAUCUUUGACUUCCUCACCGGAGGCUGUAUCGCUUUCGACAAAAUGCAAGGGCGGGCCAUGCAGGAACGAGACUUCCGGGAGGCCAUCGAAACCUUUCUGCUCACCGGAUAUCGCUUCCACAAGGACAUCAUUACUGUGAUACUGCAGCAGCUAAAGAAGCUUCACGCCGCCAUUGGUCAGCUGCCCACGUACAGAUUUUACGCCUGUUCUUUGCUGAUUGUCUACGACGGCGACUUCGAGAACGACAUCUCCUUGACGGGCAGCGACUUGUUGCCGGGAGCCGAGUGCGGAAGUGCUGGUGAGGGCAUGCGCACUGCUAACGGGACUUUCGAAGCGAAAGCAUUGGGACAUAACGGUGAGGUGCUUGGUGAUAGUCACGCAGAUGGCGAUUCACCGACACUCACCCCGUGUAACCCCGAAGGUGACGCGGCUUCAGUUGCGGACGUUAGGCAUGACGACGCGUCUGGUCACGUGAACCUCUCGACGUGCGUUGCGGAGACGAGACUUUGCGAGCCCGAUGCUGCAGGGGAGAGAAAUGCUUCUAGUGCUAGUAGCAAGGGCUUCAGAAGUGCGGCGGACGGUUCGAUGAGCGAGGGGUUGACGACGACGACGACGACGAAGCACAGGAUAGACGUUCGAAUGGUGGAUUUCGCGCACUCGACUUUCAAGGGCUUCGGCUCUGAUGUGGUCGUGCACGAAGGGGUGGACCGAGGGUGUCUGCUGGGAUUAGAGACGCUGAUAAAGAUCGUCUCGGAGAUGAAGUUGUCGGCCAUCUGAGCGAACAGUCGUCGCUGUUUUGUAUCAAUGCCUGCCUCCUAUCUGCCUCCUGCACUCGUUGAAAUCCUCUGCCUGUAUCUGGAGAAUCAUCGAGGCAGCUCCCACGCCUUUUGGCCACCGGGACAAACUCGAUUCACACCGCAGCAACUGUUCUUGGACCAGUUUUGUAAAUUGGUUUUAUUCCUCCUCACUUCCACCUCCCCUCUUCCACCCAUAUAAUGACAGGACUGGGUGGUGCUCAUGUGUUUUGCGAUCAAUCUUUCCGCAGACUCGUAAUCGAGACUGAACCCUGUGGGACCAACACAUAAAGGAAAACAUUUCUUUUCAUGUUUGACUAGCGGUGUGACUGCGCACAUCAACAACUAAACCACGUGAACAUGACACCUCUAUGCGAGUUUAUCUGGAGUUGUGACAACAGAACUACAAGACCGAUUCCAGCCAUUUCUUAGCUGGAACGAACUACUUUAAAACCAUUCUAAUUUUAGCUUCAAAUUCUAAAUUAUUUUUGAAAUCUGGGGUGAACGGCUUGGGAAAAAAGCUCAACAUUUUUUCUAAUGUAAUUUUUGCACAAUAUUUUAAUGUACAAAGGGUAAAAACA